AUAACAUUAUAGCUUAGGCAACAUGAGUAAAUUCUAACUGAAAUUAUUCUAAAGGACAUUAAAGCUAACCAUGUGUUUGAUUGCGUUUUUAGAUGAAUUUGAGGCAAAAUAUCAACAGGAGAAUCCUCUAGGGGAAGGAGGCUAUGGAUCAGUGUUUGCUGGCUACCGGAAAGCCGAUAAUUUACCAGUGGCGAUCAAAUAUGUGAAAAAAAUCAUUUUCUUCGAAUAUACUGACGAUGGCGAGGAAAUGCCUGCGGAAGUGGCUGUCAUGCUAAGACUGCAAGCUAGAACAGACAACUCUGUGGGGAAGUCAGCCCCAGUAACCCUGCUGGACUGGUAUGAACUGGAGGGACAGCUGGUUCUUGUGCUGGAGAGACCAGAGUCUGCCGUCAGUCUGUCUGACUAUGUUUCAGAUCAUGGAGGUGCACUAGAAGAGGCCCCCGCAAAAGUUAUACUACAACAGCUGGUUGAUGCAGCAAUAUACCUCCAGAAGAACUGCAUUUUCCACAGAGACAUCAAAUUAGAAAACAUCCUCAUUGAGACAGAUUCAGAAAAACCACAACUUCGUCUCAUUGACUUUGGUUUGAGCUGUUUCUACGACGAAAACACAGAGUUUGAUGUAUGUUGUGGCAUCCUGUCUCAAUUCCCUCCAGAGGUAUUGAACAUGGAUAAUUACAGCGCCGGACCCGGAACAGUGUGGCAGAUAGGGGUGGUCCUGUAUGAAAUGCUGCACACCAUGAACUUCGUAUCCACCUCCUUCAUCCAAAAUAAAUUGAGGAUCAGAAAAAAGCUUUCAAAAAGAGGCCAAGAUUUUCUGAAGAAGUGCUUAGCAGAAGACCCCAUGAAACGUCCCACUCUGGAGGAUCUUCAAAGCCACCAGUGGCUCAGGUAUGACACACAUGACUAACUUUUGUUUUCUCUCUUUUUCUUUCCAGCAGGUAUCCCUGGUGUCAUGUUUGGUGCUUGUCGACAUCCUUUCCUGUCCUCUUCACCCCAACCGGUCAAG